AUGGCGCUCUUGAAGUGCCUCAAAUGGCUCUCAGGGUCAGAGUCCCUUUUGAAUGGAGUGAUGGAUGGUGUUGUAAACCGCUUCGGCGGCGGAGCUCGUUCCACCUCGUCGGUAAAAGGCGAGCAGUCAACUCUAUCUAUUUCCUUGCACAGGGCCUCCUUCGUGCUUCCUUUAAGUCGGAAACCUCGGAGUUGGUCAUUUACUAGCUUCUCGACAUCCUCUGCCCGCAGGUUGGAGUCUCGGGCCGACGUCUUCGGUGCCUCGAGCGCUACUGGCUAA